GUCAUCACUAUUAUUGAAACUUCUGUCCAAGGAAGACGUGCAGAAAAACGCUUAUUCGCGAACAGCGACUAAUUCGCUGAUCUGUGGCGAUAAUCCAUUAGCAUGCAUAGACGAUAGGACGAUCCGGGCCCAGCGAAAGAGUAAUGACGGAGAACACAGAGAAAGGAGCGAGCGUAGAAACGCCUCAACUGGCGGGGUCUCAGCCAAAUCCUCCGGAUCAGGAGCCACUUCCACUAACCGAGAUUCCGCCAAUUAAGGUAAAGAGCGAACGACCGGACGCAGAGGUGGAGGCCAAACUCCGGGCCAUGAAUGCCAAGAUCAAGGCGGAGAUGGUGACUUUGAUGCGGAGGAGCAACAGCAAUGAACUGGUCAACAGGGACGAGUCGGGGGACAGCGAGAGCUCCGCAUCGGUGGACGACAAGAAGGACAUUAAGCCUGUAAAGUCCUCGAACGAGAUCCUUGCCGAGCUAUUCGGCGUAUUCAAUGCCGCUCCACCGGAGGAACUUCUAGACAACAAUCUAUUCAAGAAAAAGAAAAAGGUGAAAAAGGAGAAGAAAGAUAAGAAGGAUAAGAAGGCCAAGAAAAAGAAGACGACCAAGUCAGAUGGCGAAUGCAGCGACUCGGAGGCGGAAGGCAAGCACAAGCAUAAACGUAAGAAGCACAAACAUAAAGACGGCAGAGUCAAAGACAAGGAGAAGGAACGGGACCGCGAUAGGGACAAAUCCAAGGAGAAAGAUCGGGACCGGGAAAAAUCUAAGGAGAAGGAUCGGGACCGCGACAAAUCUAAGGAGAAGGAUCGGGACCGCGUUGCGGACAAAUCAAAGGAGAAGGAUCGAGACAGGGACAAGGAUAGGGACAAAUCCAAAGAUAAGCUUACGGCAGCACAAGCUCCCUCCGAGAAGGAGAAAGAAAAGUCUGGGAGCAGGAAGCGCAGCGCGGUGGAGCCUUCCAGUCAUUCCGAAAAGCGGGAACGACAUGAAAGGGAGAAGCAUCGCGACUGGGAACGAGAAAGGGAACGGGAAAACGAGCGUGAAAGGGAAAGCGUCCGCUCCCACAAUAGCUUUUACAACGGACAUCGUGAAGCGGAUCGCUCGAAAGGAUCUGAAUCAGCGAGCACAAAGUCACGGCAGGAACACGAUCUCUCCGAUAUCUCGCUCUCCGAUGAGGAGUCGUACCUCCGGGAAAAGGCUUCCAACGGACGCAGACGGGCGCACAACAGCUUUUAUGAUGGAAAGGAGGAACCCUCGGUUUCACCCAGACGGAACGUGCGCGAAUCCAACACCAGGAGGAACCGAAAGUCAAGAUCUCGCUCGCGUGACCUCGGCAUCGACAAAAAGCGCUUGCUCGAGAUUGCGCGCCGAAAUGCCAUUAACAUGUUCAAACGGGGAACCAUGCCCGGUGUGGCUAACAUGACGGCAGAGGUCAAGGACAAGGUGCUCGUCAAGAUGCGCUACGGAGGACGCACUAUUCAAGAUCUUACCGACUUCUGCAAAAAAAUCUCCAACGGCGACGGACUGUCAGAUCUGAGUUCUGAAGAGGAGUCCGAUGUGGACAAGAAUGGUAAUGCGAAGGCCUUUCAUCAUCCCUUUCAGCUGAAGGAGCGCGAGCCAAUUGUGAUGCAUAUACGAAACUCAACCGCGCUGGUUCCAGCACCACCUCGACUAGACGAGCAAACAAAGGCCAUAACCAUGCAGUUCCCGGUGUCAUCGGGUCAGACCCAUCGCAACAAUGAGGUGUGGGUGCCGGUGGAUCCUAAGGACUCGCUAGUGCCGUUGCCCUCCCUACCGCCAGCAAAACAGGCCACCAAUAUGUUUAAGGAAACGCCGAAGAACGUAUUUGCGAAGUCGAUACCAUUGCAGGAGCAGCAGGAACCCGCCUUUAAGCCACUGGGAGGAGCAGUCGUAGUCCCACCCUUAGCCGCCACUCAGUUAUCCACUGUUCCUCAACCCGUCCCGUUGACCGUUCCCAAAGAGCUUGUCCCUCCGGCUGUUCCCUUCGUUCCGGAGGUGCCCAUCCCGUCAACGUCACCCGUAGCACCGACGCAAAGUCCUUCCAUUUUUCCCGAUGUUAUGCCGCCUUCCAUGGACGUAUCCAGCAUAAUCACCCAGCGUCUUAGUGCCAUACGACGCCUGCAGGAAAAUCCGGCCGACUCUGAGGCCUUAAAAAUGAUGUACACUGCGCAUCGCAACAUGUCGUCGUGGGCCAACUCAAAGCAUCUGCCCGGUCAGUUCACGGGAAGCACGGGUGCCCAAGUGAUGAAGGCCCAUGAGCUGAACAGCGGUCCGCAGCUGUGGGUGCGCAAGGACCAAAUGACUUCCACCAAGCCGGUGACAGGGGGCAUGGGCAUGGCGCUCCUGCAGAAGAUGGGCUGGAAACCGGGCGAGGGACUGGGCAGAUGUAAAACUGGAUCAUUGCAACCACUUUUGCUGGACGUCAAAUUGGACAAGCGUGGCCUGGUGUCGCGCGAUGACUUAAGACCGCCGCAAACGCGUGCACCGGCUGCCCAGCGAAGAAAUAAAAACAUGGCGGGACCAAUUGGAGCUGGCCCCUGUCCAGCAGUUCAGGGUGCGGGACCUGGACCGGUGACGCCCACGCCGCUGGUCACCCAGGAUAAGCAUCCCGUGUGUGUGCUCAACGAACUGACCUCGAAGAACAAGUGGAUGCCGCCGCAGUAUAAGCUGCGUGAGGAUAUCGGGCCCGCUUACAACCGCUCCUUUCUCUUUUCGGUCGAGGUUAACGGACAGACCUUUACGCCGGAUAGAGGAUGUAACAACAAGAAGGAGGCGAAACUCAAUGCGGCCGCCUUAUGUCUGCGAGCUUUAGGCAUCCUUCCGCCCAGCUAGUGAUCGACAGUUGAAUAGGCUAAUUUCUAGAUAGUGAAUAUAAGUGAAUCCCCACACUGUACAUAAAAGUAGCCCUAUGUUUAAGUUGUAAAGUCUUGUUCGUCUCCUUUGGAGCGAUGUCAAAUAUAGUUCUAACAUCAAAAA